AUGACUACUUGUUCGGUCAUCACACUUUCUGAAGCGGGUUCUGCAAAAGCAAAACCUAUCAUUUCAGAGAUAACCGCCAUUGCUUCGUCUUCAGCCACCAAACCAUUAAAAGUCCCGAUACCGGUGAGUGUUAGCAAAAAUGCUGGAACCAUAAAGCCAUCUCGACUGAAAAACAAAAUGAAAACGCCCAGUGAUCUUGAAGCAAGUGCCUCCUUUCAAAUGCCCUCUAUUGACUUCAGUGGUAUGCUGAAGAAUAAGUUUUCAAUGCUGAAUGGCCUCCUCGGCAGUCUUGGCUCGAUGAUGGGCGGCGGGAAAAGCGGUGGCGGAGGCAGCUGUAAGCCCAAGUGUGGUCGUGGCCGUAUGAUGAAGAUGUCAGUCAUGCCUGGUCUGGGUGAUAAACACGUCGAAAGAGAAGUGAAGAAGUACAUGGGCGAGCAUGAACUUGCAAUGCUGCUCAUGAAAGCGGUUGCUUCCAGUGGCGGCGGCGGUGGCGGUGGCGGCGGCAAAGGCAAAGGACAUGGAAAAAGCGGAGGAAAAGGAGGCGGUGGCGGUUCGAUGUAUAAAAAUGGAGGAGGAGGUGGUGGCGGAGGCGGCGGAGGGUAUCAGAGUGGUGGCGGCGGCGGCGGUGGAUAUCAGAAUGGCGGUGGCGGUGGUGGAGGAUAUCAGAGUGGCGGAGGAGGCGGCGGCGGGUAUGGUGGAAAUCAAGGUGGUGGUGGUGGUGGAGGAGGUUAUGGAGGAAAUCAAGGGGGUGGUGGUGGUGGUGGCGGCGGAUACAAUGAAAAUCAAGGCGGAGGCGAUAGUUACGGAGAAAAUCAAGGAGGCGACGAAGGAAGUUACAAUGAAGGCGCUGAUUAUGGCGGACUUACCAUGGGUAAUUAUGGCGGUUCGGGAGGUGGUGGCGGCGGCGGUGGUGGCUACGACGGAAACUCCGGAAAUUCUGGUUCCGGUGGAUAUGAAAAUUCAAAUGGAGGCGGCGGAGGCGGUUACAACGGCGGAGACAACAGUUUUGGUGGAGGAUUCAACAGCAAUGGUGGAAACGAUGCAUACAACGAAGGAGGAGGAGGUGGAAAUUUUGGUGGAAAUGAAGGAGGAGGCUAUGGUGGUGCAGGUGACAAUGGAAACUACAAUGCCAAUUCGGGCAGCGGAUCAAAUUUUGGAGGAUAUGACGGACCAGCAGGUGGGGGAAAUGGCAACUCUGGAUACGAAAAUGGUGGAGGCGGUGGCGGAGGCAACUUCAAUUCAGGUGGAAGCUAUGAAAAUGGUGGCGGAAACUCAAAUGCCGGUGGAUCAUCAGGUGGCUAUGAAAACAAUGGUGGAGGCUUCAAUGGCGGUUUAAACAACCUUGGUUCUAGCUCUGGAUCCUCAGAAUAUGGUGCUCAAUCAUUUGGAGGAAACGGAGGCGGCGGUUAUAAUCAAGCCAGUGGAGGAGAUUUUGGGGGAAACGGUGGCGGCUACAAUGGAGGCGCAAACAAUUUUGGCUCAAACUCAGGUGGAUAUGACGGACCUGCUGGAGCCGGUUCAUCAGGAUACGGCGGUCAAUCAGGCCAAUCGUCAGGAGGAAGUGGUGGCGGAUAUAACCAAGACAAUGGCGGAGGUUUUGGCGGAGGCGGAGGCGGAGGCGGAUAUGGCGGAGGUCAGUCAGGCGGACCAUCUGGCGGAAGUGGAUAUGAAAAUCAAGGAAGUGGGAACUUUGGAGGAGGCGGUGGUGGUGGCAAAGGAAAUUCUGGCUUUUAUCAAAGUUCAUCUGGUGGAGGAGGCGGCGGUGGAAAUGGAGGCGAUUUUGGAAACAACAAUGGCGGCUACAAUGGCGGGGGAAGCAGCUUUGGAUCAAGCUCUGGAGGAUACGAUGGCCCUGCAGGAUCCGGCUCAUCAGGCUAUGGUGCUCAAUCUGGCCAAUCGUUUGGAGGAGGUGGCGGCGAAAAUAGCGGAGGCUAUAAUGGCGGUUCCGGUGGGGGUAGUGGCAACUUGGGAGGAAGCUAUGAAAGUCCGGCUGGUGGGGGUGGAGGCGGUGGUUUUGAUGGACCAGCGGGAGGAAACUACAAUGAAGCAAAUGCUGGUGGCAACUUUGGAGGCGGCGGAGGAGGAGGAAACUCUGGCUCCUACGAUGGCCCAUCAGGAGGCGGUUCAUCAUCAUCUGGAGGCAGUAAUGCUGGCUACAGUGAAGGCGGAAAUAAUUUUGGUGGAUCAUCAAACUCUGGCUAUAACGGAGGAGGGGAAGGAGGUGGCGGAAAUGUCGGCGCUAGUGGUGGCGGCUACGAUGGCCCAGCUGGUGGGCCUUCUGGUGGGCAAGGAUACGCUGCAGCUGCAUCCAUUCCCCAGGCAGUGGUUCCUGCAACGGUGACGGGAGAAGAUGGCCAGGAAAUGUACGUGGGCGGCAUACCGCUGUCUAAAAUCAAAGAGCUUGUCUCUGAGGCAAUGUCGGCGGCUGAUCACCACAAGAAGACAGCUCGAGCCUCGGGAAACAUGCCAGGUGGGUACGCCAAUUCAGUGCAGUCCAACCAGCAGGCGUACGGAUCAGCCAACUCCGUUGUUUGGGAUGACGACAAGUCGGCGUUGAAGGCAAAAACUCUCAAUCACCCUCAAGUGAAGCAAGUGCUCAGUGCCCUUAAUGAUAAAGAUGUCUACGCAAAGGCAGUCGAGCUAAAGCCAGUCAGUGAGCCCCUCUACCUCAACCCUAACUCCAACUCCAAGCGAAGCAUCGACGCCCCACAAAACUCGCCACCUCCAAACAACUCGAACCGAACAGCUAUGGGCCAUGGAGUAGGCGGAGGUGAAAGGAUAGAGCAGCAAACUGAAAACGAAUACGCUGGAAACAGACAACAAAGACAACCAAACACUGGUCUAUCUUCACGCGGUCAUCGACUGACCGGGCUGCUUAAGAAGGGUUUCUUUGGUGGACUAGCAAAUGAGAUCAGGCAGAAAAACUACUAA